AUGGUCGCCCAAACUACAAUAUCUCCAGCUCAGGUCAAUGGCAUCACAAACGGACAUACAUUGAAAGGGAAAGCCGUCAAAUCUAAGAAUCAACUUAGACGGCUUAAGCAAAAGCAGAAAAAAGCGUCCCAACCAUCUGCAAACGGGAAUGAGACGGACACGGAAGAUGGAGGAAAGUCAGAGAUAGAGGAGUCAUUGAGCUCGGACUCUAAUGUCGAGUACGUACCCGAGCAGUUGGAUGUACAGGGUUCUGCCCUUGAAGCAUUCUCCGACGUUUUUGCCCGUUUUCAGCUCCCUCCGGAUGAAUCUUCACAGAAUGAAGACCAAGCGCCUUCAAAAGGCGAGGUUAUCUACUCAGAUGACGAUAUGGCUUCAGACGACGAAGCCUCGGACUCAGAAAAGAAGCCUCUAUCAAAGAAAAAGCAACGAAAAAUGGCGCGUCUCACCGUUUCCGAGCUCAAACAACUUGUCAAAAAACCCGAAGUGGUUGAAUGGACAGAUGUCACUGCUGCAGACCCACGUCUUCUUCUUCAUCUGAAGAGUUACCGAAACACCGUUCCAAUCCCUAUACAUUGGAGCGCAAAGCGAGACUAUCUGCAAGGAAAGCGGGGGAUUGAGAAACCACCCUUUCAACUUCCUGCCUACAUUGCCGACACAGGAAUUGCGACAAUGCGAGACGCUGUCAAGGAGAAGGAGGCCAACAUGUCGCUAAAGGCUAAGACGAGAGAGCGUGUGCAGCCAAAAAUGGGUAAAAUCGAUAUUGACUACCAAAAACUACAUGACGCUUUCUUCAAGUUCCAGACCAAACCUCCUGUAACUGGAUUCGGAGAAAUGUAUUAUGAAGGCAAAGAAUUUGAAACGUCGCUGAAGGAGAAGAGACCAGGUGAUUUAUCGCCUGAACUCGUCGAGGCAUUAUCUAUACCACCACUCGCACCCCCACCUUGGCUUAUUAGCAUGCAACGAUUCGGACCGCCGCCAAGCUAUCCUACAUUACGGAUACCAGGUCUCAACGCUCCCAUUCCGGAGGGCGCUCAAUGGGGCUUUCACCCAGGCGGAUGGGGCAAACCUCCUCUCGACGAAUAUAAUCGACCGUUGUAUGGUGACGUGUUCGGUGUUUUGCCCAAGCUUGGCGACUCAGAUAUGGGUGAACCAGUUGAUAAAGAAUUAUGGGGUGAACUCGAACCUGAAGAAGAAGAAUCUGAAGAGGAAUCUGAAGAUGAGUCGGAGGAAGAAGAAGAGGAAGUAUCUGUGGCUCCGGCUGACGGGGUCCAGACACCCUCGGGUCUCGAAACUCCGUCAGGUAUGGCCAGCGUGGUCUCUACGAUUGCUGGUGGUCUCGAGACUCCCGACUUUCUCGAAUUGCGGAAGAAUUCUGCUCGAGCUCCUUCAGAAACUCCUGAUUCUGGGCCACGGUCAUUAUACCAAGUCGUACCAGAGAAGCAGACAUCAGUCAGAGGUUUGAUGGGCAGCGAGCGAGGAUACGAUGUGAGUGCUGUUUCCAAUCCGGGAGCAGCAAUACCUGUAUUGGGCGACGCACGCGGAACAAAACGCAAAAAUGGCGUAGAUGUGUCCAUCGAUGCCGGAGAAUUGGAAGGGCUUUCCGAGGAAGAGUUACGAAAGAAAUAUGAGGCAAACUCGAGAGGGUCUGCUGGUGUACCUGGUGGCGUUGAUAAGGAAGAUUUCUCAGAUAUGGUAGCAAAGGAGAUGGCCAAGAAGAAGCAGAAAAUGGACAAGGACCGAGAGCGGGACAGGAGAACUAAGGAAUAUAAAUUCUAA